AUGGCAUUCGUUCUCAGCUAUUCUUAGGAGCCUCUCAGGAGCUCCACACAGCCUGGCCAGACAGCAAGGGACGGAGCAGAGGCCGCUGCUGUCAGCACGAGCAUGUCUUACAGCGUGACCCUGACCGGGCCCGGGCCCUGGGGCUUCCGUCUCCAGGGGGGCAAGGACUUCAACAUGCCGCUCACUAUCUCCCGGAUCACACCGGGGAGCAAGGCCGCCCAGUCCCAGCUCAGCCAGGGUGACCUCGUGGUGGCCAUUGACGGAGUCAACACAGACACCAUGACCCACCUGGAAGCCCAGAACAAGAUCAAGUCUGCCAACUACAACCUGAGCCUCACGCUGCAGAAGUCGAAGCGCCCCAUCCCCAUCUCCACAACAGCGCCCCCGGUCCAGUCCCCUCUGCCGGUGAUCCCCCACCAGAAGGACCCCGCUCGGGACACAAACGGCAGCCUGGUGGCGCUCAGCCCCAACCCCAAGGCGAGGGCCAGCCUGGGCACCCCGGGUACCGCGGGCACCCCGGAGCUCAGGCGGACCUUUAGCUCCUCCUUCUCCCAGACCUCCGUCUUCUCACACACGGAGGCCUCUGAGCCCGGCCCUCCACGGGGCAGCCCGGGGGCCAAGACCGGCCUCGAGGGAGCCCUGGACUCACUCAGCCCGAAAGUCCCGCAGGGCUCGAGCCAGCCGAGGCAGUAUAACAACCCCAUUGGCCUGUACUCGGCAGAGACCCUGAGGGAGAUGGCUCAGAUGUAUCAGAUGAGCCUCCGAGGGAAGGCCCCAGGUGCCGGACUCCCAGGAGGGUAGGUAACGGGCGCGCAGCUCUCUGCUGGUGGUCUGGGGCCCCCGGGGUCCUCAGUGCUCCCAGAGGCCGGGCGGUCAGAGCGAGGAGCUGGCCUCAGCCAGCCCAUGUGGCGGCACAAGCUGAGAGCGAUACAAGUAAUGAGGCUGCUAGCACUUGGGCCUGGAGCCGCGGUGUCAUGGCUUUACACAAGCUGGGUGACGUGUUGGAUCCUGCAGAGGGGGAAACUGAGGCUCCGAGAAGGUUUAGUCGAGGUCCAGCUGUCUCCCGCUGCUAAGUGGCUAAGUGAGGUCUGAAUGCAGAAGACACUGACUCCCAGACAUUCACACCGGCCCGCCCACCGGGACAAGAUGAAGCCUGCUGCCUCCAGGAACCCUGGGGCGAGCGUCAGGCUGGUCCCCUGAAGGAGCCCUGAGGCAGGAGCAGGGAAGAAUUAGAGAAAUGGGAGGGUAAGUUCUCUGGGGCUGGGAGUGGUCUGGGAAGGCUGCCUGUACGAGGGAGCGCCUGAGCUGGGUGCAGAAAGAUUCAGCAAUGGGGUGAGUGUCAUGGGCUUGUAGGACUGACCCUCAAAAGAACGAGGCAAGGAAGUAGGACCCCGAGGAGAAAGAGGCUGUGCAGGAGAACGGUAGCCUGCCCCCCAUCCCCUGAACUCCAGCUGGAGGGACUCUGCGAGCACAGGAGCUAAAAGAACCUAUAGCCAGGGUGGGCAUCAUGGAGGGGCUGAGAGGAGGGAGCCCCCAAGUGGAACACGUACUAGCUCCUGAGCCCUUCCUGCCUUUUCUUAUUCUGACUUCUCCCAUGCAAUCGGUGUAAUUAUCUCCGCGUGCUCUAGAGGCAGAACAGGCUGAGUCAAGGCAAUACGGCCCAGUGGUUAGGGGUUCAGGGCUCCUCUGUACAUGGGUGUGAGACUGUCCAUGUCUCAGGAUUACUGGGAGGAUGGAAAGAGACCACACCUGCACAGCACUGAGCUCUGUUCCGGCACAUUUGCUGUGUGCUACUUGAAGCCACGCGGCAGAUGCACCCAUGAGUCAGACUCAUAUCCUGGGUCAGUCUGGCUCACUCCCAUGCCCUUCCUUUGCCCUUGCUACAGAAGGUACCUGUGCCCCACCAGUUCACUGCUUCCCCAUAUCCCUCAGCUCUUUCUGGGAUCUUGAGCGAAGCUGGCCUUGGGCACUCCACAGCCUAAGCACCUGGACCCUGGCUUCCUUGGACCAGGGCGACGAAGCCAUAAACCCCUGGGCUUUUUUUUUUU